GCCACGCGUCCCCACGGCGACGGAAAUCCCACUUGCCUCGCCUCGCCGCCGUAACAAACAAAUCUUUCCUCUUUUCUUCUUCCUCCUGCUCCCGGUCUGCCCGCCGCUAACCCCUACGAGCAAGCAAUCCCGCCAGCCCCAAAGACACACCACCCCCCCCAGGCCUCCAGAUCGGAGCUGUCGAGUCCCGGAACCUACCACACCUGCUGCCCCGAGUGAGGCGGCCGGGCUGGGGGUUGGUCGCUUCCUGGCUGGCCACCACCCACGACCAGUUCUUGAUCCCGGACUGCUUCAAGCGGGCCGGGUCUGGUCGUUUCUUGGGUUGAACUGAUUGGUUGCUGCUGACUUGGUUGAUCUCCUCUUCUUCCAUUGCUGCUUCGUCGUGUCGGCUGGCCAUUGCAGACAAGGUGUUUGUUUGGCGGCAGCGGGCGCUGCUGAGCUAGGUUGCUCGCUGGCUUCUUCAUUGGUGCUCGGAGGUAAGCCAGGUAGGUAGAUCUGCUCGGACGCACGGCCAUUCGACAGUUGCUGUAUCAAAGCUAGAUAGACAGGCAGAUCUUGAGAGACGCCGUUCAGUGUUCUGCCGCUCGGGCGGACCUUGUUGAUUCGUAGCUCUCAAGCUUUACCAUGUUGAGAAAUCCCUGCUGAGUGUGGAUAAACUUCACAUAGGAGGUUUCUGAGGCUGAACCAAUCGCUUUUGACUUGUGAGGGCUGAGGAUCAGUAAUUAAUCAAAUCAUGUGGAGACCGUUCAGGCAGCUCAUGCCCAAAGAGCAUUCCGGGCCUUCUGGCGGCCUCGAGGGCCGAACCAUCGAUGUCGGCAAUGUGAAGGUGCACGUCCGGGAAGCCAUUGCCGAGGGUGGGUUCUCGUGCGUGUACCUCGCCCGGGACCUGACCAACCCGGCGAAGCAGUACGCGCUCAAGCACGUCAUUGUCCAGGACAAGGAGUUGCUGGACCUGGUGCAGAAGGAGAUCACGGUGAUGAGGGCGCUUAAGGGGCACCCGAACGUGGUCACGCUUGUUGCGCACGCCAUACUGGAUACGGGCCGUGGGAGGGAGGCACUUCUGCUGAUGGAGUUCUGCGAGAGAUCGCUGGUUUCUGCCUUGGACGCUAGAGGUACUGCAGGGUUCUAUGAUGAGGAGCAGGUUGCUCUCAUCUUCCGGGAUGUUUGCAAUGCGGUCUUCGCGAUGCACUGCCAGACACCACCUGUUGCUCACAGGGAUCUAAAGGCUGAAAAUGUGCUUCUUGGUGCUGACGGGGCUUGGAAAUUAUGUGAUUUUGGUAGUGUAUCAACAAACCAUAAGUGCUUUGAUAAACCAGAGGAGAGGGGCAUUGAAGAAGAUGUCAUCAGAAAGCAUACAACUCCUGCUUACAGGGCUCCUGAGAUGUGGGACUUGUACAGGAGGGAGGUUAUUAGUGAGAAAGUAGAUAUAUGGGCUCUUGGAUGUCUCAUGUAUAGAAUCUGCUACUUAAAAUCAGCUUUUGAUGGAGAAUCAAAGCUUCAGAUCCUCAAUGGGAACUAUCGUAUCCCUGAAUUACCGAAGUACUGUUCUUCCAUUACAAGUCUGAUCGAAGAGAUGCUUCAGUCCUCUCCAGAUGCCAGACCAGACAUUACACAGGUAUGGUUUCGUGUUAAUGAGUUACUUCCUUUGGAGCUGCAAAAGGAUUUACCUGAUGGAUCCCCAUCUGGAUCAGCGUUUGAACUGCAAACUACUGAAGAUGAAGGACCCUCUUCAUCAUGGUCAAGAGACAAUGUGAGAAAUACACCUCCGAAAGGUCCUUCCAGUUUGAGGUCACAAGUUCCUGUUGAGAGUAAGGGUUCUGUAGGUGCAUUUUGGUCAACUCAACAUGCACAAGAACUAGCUUUUGCAGAUGACAAGGGGUCAGUUCUAGAUCAAGAGCCCAUAUAUGAUGGCAUAACAAAGCAACCUCAGGCAAAGAACCAGAACACGACACGGAAUGCAUACAGACAGUCUCUUUCUGCUUCUGUUGAUAGUUCUCCUGGGGAUUUUGAAAUAAGGUUUUCUCCAAAUGGUUCAGAAUAUGGACUAGAGAAAACCCAAAACACUAAACCAGAUAACAAAACCAGUGCACAGACUGCCACUUUUAGCUCCUUUGUGGCAGACUUUGAUAAUGUUAAGGUGAGCUCAGAGGACAAUGCCGGCAGUUUAAACACGACAAGUAAAUUGAAAGAACAACAGCUGGAGGCUGAAGUAACUUUACUCAAGGAGCAAUUGAAGAUAGCAAACUUGGAGAAGGAAGAAAUUUCACUGAAGUUUGAUAGAUUGUCAGCCAUUUGCUCCUCUCAGAGGCGGGAGAUACAGGAACUUAAACAAGCUCUAGCCACAGCUUCUGCACCAGCGCCAGUUAAGGAGUUGAAAGAAAAUUUGAAGGCUGAAUUCUCCCCACCCAGCACAAGCCUUGACACUCCGCCAAGGGAGAAGAUUGCAGGAACCCCACCAGAGCUCCGGCAAGGUCUAUUUACAUCAAGUCCAGGGACACCAAGCCCGGAUCCCAAGCCAUGGUCCGCUUUUCCUGAAGAGCCGAAAGCUCAAGCAGCUGUAAAAAGUGCCCGCCCGAGGUCGGUCCGAACUCUAAGGGCAUCGCAAAGCAACAAAGCCGGCUCGCUUAGUCAGUCAAAAACAAACUCUGGUGCCGACCCCUUUGCCUUCGGUCAAGAUAGCUUUAAGGCUGUACCUUCUGGCACCGUGCCUUCUGAGAUGUCAAAUUUGGGGAAUGCUUCUCAGUCCCUCAACACUCUGAAGGCUGAAGUGGAGAAAGAUGCACCCUACCAACCAGCUGGAUGGACUGGGUUUUAAUGUGCUAUCGCUAAUAAGGAUAUUUGGUAUCUGAUGAGACUAUACUCCUAUAGAAUUACGGAAAUAUGGUCCAUCCACUGUAUCAUAAUCAUAUAAAUUGUGUGGUGUUGAGAGGGAGCAAAAUGAGCCCAACCUAGGAGUGCCAGAAUUGACGUAGGUUUCCUUGCACUGAUGGUGUAACCUCAUCCUGCAAGCACAAAAAAUCAUACGCAGAAAAAGGGGGAUGAAGAACAGUUUUGUAUGCAAAUCAGAGAAUGUUUUGUGGUUUUAACCAGGAGGCUCGUAUGAUUAGACAAAGUGCUUACUGUCCACAGAUCAUGAGCAUCUACAACAGCUGAUUGGUUUAGACCAAUGUUGCUCCAACUAGCAGUAAUAGAUGCUUCAUCAGGCCCUCUGUUCCACAGCACAAGAGCAACUCUCCCUCGACUUAAGCGACCAGCCCAAACCUAAGCCCAAGUAAAUCAAGUAUAGAUGAAUUAUACUAAGUGUCGAACAUAACAUGGUACUAUGAUUUUUGCCUACCACAUGAUACUAUAAAUAAAAAAGCUUAUGUUAUAUUCCUUUUACUUACUUCUAGUUCUCCAUCUUGUUGCACUUUGCGCCCUUGUACCCCAAGUUUGUCUAAUGAUGAAUCGGUAAAGCUUAGUACCAUCUUUAAAUUUUCACAUGACCAUUUUGGAGAAAUGACUCUACCUUGAUUAACUGCAAUGACAUUCUGAUUGCUGAUGAUGUCCUUGGUUUCAGGGGUCAUUGAGCUGACAUCGCAGCCAAGUAUCAGAGGAGCCUAGUUGAAUCCAAAUCAACAACAUAAUCUUGUGAAAAUUCUUGCCUAACAAUGCUGUUCUGUUGGUUUACUUCUUUUUUUAUCUCUCAUGCAAUGAAAGUCACUUAUCAUUACCUUGACUAGAGCCCAUAUGCUGAAAUGAGAACGGUACUCUUCUAUUGUCAUCCCCCCGUUUCCUACUUCCAGCAUGUCUGGGUCUGAAGCAGAAACAUUCAAAGAGAUCACUGUGAAUUGUCAUCACAAGCAUAAUUUUUUUUUUGUUGGGAACAAACCCCAGAUCCUACAUCCGUCUUCCUACACACUUGCAUGAUCAAAUUUUAUCAUAGGCCUACAGAGACUAACCAUUCCAUCCACCAGGCCCUGCAUAAGGUGCCCACUUGUCGUUCUUGUCAGCGUUGUCCGUCAUGCUGCACAAUUUGCCGUGGUAUUCAGGAUAGGAAUUAGAAUCUCCAUCUAAACUUUGCAGAAGUUUGGAAGGGGCAGUAAAAGUUCUCCAGGAUGUAAACUUCUUCACCUUUCCCAUGUGUUCUUGAUGUCUUCUGUUGUCCUCCAGCUGUUUGCAAAGCUGCCUGCCCAUGUCGCUGGAUCAUCCACACCCCUGCACAUCAUUGUUGUUUUUUCUCAAACAGAUGAAUGAAAUUCGAACCCUCCCUUUUGGUCAGUUGAAAAGCAAGAAUCAGUUACCAUUCGCAAAGGGAGAAGAAAACGUCCCUUCCAGAAUUCAUAAGGGCUUCACUCAUCCUGUUAUAUCUGCAUUUUUGUUGUGAAUAUGUCAAAAAUAUUUGAAUUCGGAUAAAAUGUGACAAGCUUCUAAGUUCUGUAAUUGUAAAGGUUACCUUGUUAGUGGGCUGAUGUUCUGGUUGUUGCAGUUGUCAUACUUCAAGUAGUCAAUCCCCUUGUAACACAACAAUUUAGAAAAAUCAGUUUUUCUCCUC